AUGACAUACGACAGUUGGAAAUCGAUCAUUGAUUCAGUCAAACCAUUUUUUCAUGGUUGUCGAAAUGCAUAUCACAUUGGAAAUUCUUCUGAAAAUUCAUCAUUGUAUAUAUGCAAGAAUUCAUCGAAAUCCAUUUCUCCACAUCGAAUCAUCGACAAUAUCUCCGAUUGUUAUUUGAAUGAUGAUGAAACAGCAUUUGAACUCAGUUGUUCGAUGAAGGAUACACAACGUUUUAUGUGUCCAAAUGAAAUCCAAUGUCGAUCGCCAUUAUUUCGAGAACUCGAGUGUCCUUCUUUGAUGUAUCGUAGUUUCGAUGAGAUUUUGUUCCAUGAAAUAUGUGAUGGAAUCGUUGAUACAUUACCUGUAAAAAUUGAUGAACAAAAUCAUACGGAUGACACUGAUUGUCAAAACUGGCAAUGUAACAAUAUUUAUACACGAUGUAAUGGCAUUCGAAGUUGUCCAAACGGAGAUGAUGAAGAGAAUUGUGUAGAAUCGAUUUGUCCUUCAAGAUUUAUUCCCUGUGUUUCUCCAUACAAUUUUACAUUGACAUGUUUGUCAGUUCAUCAAAUUACUGAUGGUUUCAUUGAUUGUCUUAGAGCAUCGAAUGAACUUCAAUAUUGUCGAAAAGUGAAUUUUUAUAAUGGAAUUUAUGAGUUUCAUUGUUUAAAUAGUACAAAAUGUGUGAAAUCUUCGGAAUUGUGUGAUUCAAUUGAAGAUUGUCCUCUAGGUGACGAUGAAGAGUUUUGUAACAAUCGGUUACAAUUAUGUGACCGAUGGACAAUGCAGAAUCUUAACGAUGUGCAAGAUGUACUUUGCCAUAUUGUUAAUAUGGAAAGGAUACCAUUUUCACUGAAAAAUUUACAAUUCUAUCCGCGUGUUAACAUCACAAUGAUUUCCUCUCAACCGACUUGGUCAAUAAAGCAAUACAACCAUAAUAAGAAUUGGAACAAAACGAUAUCUAAAUAUUUCACAUGGUCAACACGUUGUAAUCGAGGUAUUCCUGUUUAUCUUUGGUCUAAGUCGAAGAAUAACAGUUACAGAUGUUUUUGUCCACAGAAUUAUUAUGGUGAUCGCUGUCAAUAUCAAAAUCAACGUGUCAGUUUUAUCUUGACAGUAGCAACAGUCGAUAUGGAUGGUAUUUAUGCCAUUGUUAUCAUCCUUAUCGAUGACGCCGAUGAUCGACAAGAAAUCAAUUCAUACAAUCAAGCUAUUUAUGUGCCUGCAAUCAAUUGUAGAAAACCCAUUAGCAGCUAUCUCCUAUAUUCUACCAGACCGAAGAACAAUUCGAAAAACUAUAGUAUUCGUGUUGAUGCAUUCGAUAAGGAUUCAUUGACGUAUCUUGCUAGUUGGCAUUUGAAUAUUCCAUUUCUUUUUCUACCUGUCAAUCGAUUAGCUACCAUGCUCACUCUUCCAUCUUAUCAACCUUCGAGUUUGAAUAAUUGUACUUUUUCAUGUUACAAUGGUGUUUGCAUGGAAUAUAUCAAUAAAGAGCAAUUCUUUUGCAAAUGUUAUUCAGGUUGGUCCGGAAUUCAAUGUCAUCUACGUGCUUAUUGUAGUGACUGUUCAUCUGACUCGAUUUGUGUUGGUUCAAUAGCGAAUCGAUCGAUUUGUGUUUGUCCUUCGGGUAAAUUUGGGUCACGUUGUCUUCUCAAAUAUUCAUGUCCGAUCAAUUACUGCAAAAACAAUGGUCGAUACGUUGUUCUUGAUCAAAGAAUGAUCGAAACAAGCUUUUUUUGCCUUUGUUCCGAACAAUUUUAUGGACCGAAAUGUGAACUUCCUGAAGGACAGCUAACUAUUUCCGUUCACAAUAUGACUAUUCCACCGUACCUAUUUGUUAUUAUCUAUUCAGCAGCUGUUUCUGAACCACCGAGAUCAUCAUCGGUGAAAUUACAAAAAUUGACUAUGUUUCAACGUCAAAUAACAUUGUACAAUGAAAAUUGGUUUCAAAUCGUUUUUGUUAAAAUUGAUACGAAUUACUAUUUAGCUGUUCUUCAAGAAUUUGAAGUACUAAAUAUUUCAACUUCGAUCGGUCCCGAUCGACAAUGUUUAUCAAUCAAUGAGCUGCUUGAUUCUUCACAAUUUGCAAUGCCUAAAAUUCAACGAGUGAAAUUUUAUCAUAUUUCAUGUCAAACUCACCAUGAUCUUCAGUGUUUUUUCGACGAAGCUUAUAUGUGUUUUUGUACUCAAGAACACCACGCUAAUUGUUUCAAAUUUUCUUAUGCAAACAACUUUCUCUGUCAAUAUAAUAUUCACUGUUACAAUGGAGGAACAUGUUUACAAGAUAGUUCUAUAUGUAAUUCUAAUACAAUAUGCAUUUGUAUGGAUUGUUUCUUUGGUGAUCGAUGCCAGUUUUAUGCUAAAGGUAUCGGAUUAACACUUGAUGACAUGUUACGUUAUGCAAUUCUGCCGAAUAUCAACUUUAAUGAUCAAUCAUAUUUGAUCAAAGUGAGUGCCAUUCUUACAAUGAUUAUGUUUAUCGUAGGUUUACUCAAUAGUAUUUUAUGUUUUAUAACAUUUUAUAGUCAAGAAUCACGACAAGUCGGCUGUGGAAUAUAUAUAUAUGCAUCAUCAAUUACUUCUGCUCUUACAAUAGCUAUGUUAACAAUAAAAUUUUGGUUUGUUGUCAUAAGUCAAAUCAAUUUAUCAAUCAAUCGUUCUAUUCUUCAUAUUGGAUAUAUUCUUCUUGAACCUGUUCUCAAACUUUUCUUAUAUAUGAACAAUUGGUUAAAUGCUUGUGUGGCCAUAGAACGAGCAGUAACUGUAUUUAAAGGAAUCAAUUUCGAUAGGACGAUGAGCAAAUCUGUAGCUCGAUGGAUGAUUCUACUCAUACCAAGCCUGAUUAUAGGUACAAUUAUUUACGAAUCCUCGCGUCGAGAUUUGUUCGACAAUCAUGAAGAACAACGUGUUUGGUGUGUAACUCGUCAUUCUGAAUCUGUCAAAAAUUUCAAUAUAGCCAUACUACUCUUUCAUUUUUUUACACCAUUCAGUGCCAAUCUCUUGUCAGCUGUUUUCAUUAUUUUUGCAGUUGCUCAUCAACAAGCAGGGAUUCGCACUCAACACAACUAUACAAGACAUCUUCGUGAACAAUUCUAUCAACAUAAACACUUAAUCAUCAGUCAGAUUGUUGUAGUCAUUUUAUCACUUCCACGUUUUAUAACCUCAUUAUUUACUGGAUGUGUCAAAGAAUCUCAUAAUUCAUGGCUAUACAUUUUCGGUUAUUUGAUUUCGUUCGUACCAUCAGCUAUUGUCUUUAUUGUAUUUGUUUUACCAUCAGAACUCUACAGGAGACAAUUCAAAAGAUCGAUCAAAAGUUUGCAGCAACGGUCCAGUCGAUUAUGA